AUGUUGCCAACGCGCCCUCGAUUCCUUCGCACAGAUACGACCCUGUUGACGCUGGACGAAGACAGCCGGCAGGCGAAGCGGCAGGAACGCGGCCAGCUACAGAAAACGCUGCAGGAGAGCCUGGCGCAGGCUACGGCCACGGCACCGCCGACGGAGGACAGCCUGCAGCGGCUGGCGGAGCUUUUGGCCGAUACCCGCUGGCACCGGCUCGAGCAGCUGGUCGAGGAGAUGAAGUAUUGGGACGCGGCGACGACGAUCCCGGAACCAAGAUCGUUCCUGUACUACGCCCGUCAGCAGGGCGAGCUUCACCGGUUGCUGACCGCCACGGCCGCCAACCACGCCUAUCUGCGGCUCAUCAUCGAGCGGUUCGGGAGCGACAAUGAGCGUAUCGCACCGGAUCUGAAUGGACCCCUGCACUACGCGGUGGAGCAACUGGACGCGGCGCUGGUCGAAUGGCUACUGGGGCCCGACCGCACCACCGACGUGAACCUGCGGAACAACGCCAAAAAGAGUGCGCUAACGAUCCUGUGCGAAGCGUACGACCGGUGCAUACGCGCCGACGGCUCGACGCUACCCCACAUCCGGUCGCUGAUCGAGCGGUUGCUGGAGGCCGGGGCCAGCUUCAAUGUGUGCAGCGUGCAGCUGAAGCUUCCGUUCGAGCUGCUGCUGAAGCACGGCCCGGCCGACGAGGCGACGCGCACCCUCGUUGAUCGGUGCGUCCGGUUGCACCGGCCGGGUGCGAUCGCGAUCUGCCAGAGCAGCGAGCCGAACGUGCGGGUGGUUGGCUUCUACAACAACGACCCGAACGUGCGCCUGUCGGAGGAGCUGCUGGAGAUCUACCUGCGGUACAACGACGAACGCCAGUUCCUGGAGCACGUCGGGGACUUUGCCGUGAGCGACGCGAACGCCAAGAAGGCGAUCCGGCUGCUACUGCACACCGCCAUCGAGCAGGGGCUGAGCGAGUGCGUCCGGCGGAUCGUGGCCAUCGGCGGGCAGGCAAUGUUUCGCGUCGUGCACCGGUCGCGGGGUGCCCGGGGCGAGCCACAGAAGUCGUCCGAACUGGUGCACCGCGUCGAGCUGAAGGGUCUGCUGAAGAAGGCCUGCUUGGCGGGGGACUUGGCGGUGGUGCAGCUGCUACUGUCCCGCAUGACCGAUCUGCUCGUGCUGAACGACGAUCCGGUGCUGGCGCUGACGCUGACUAAGGCGUACGACACGAAGCGGCGCCCGGAGGAACGCCACGCGCUGUUGGCGUGCGCCGAGUUUCUGACCACCCAGCACACGAUCUACAUCUCGAAGGCGGACAACUCCGGUAACACGCCGCUACACCUGGCACUCAAGUACGGCUUCCUGGACGUGGCGGCCAUGCUGCUCGACCAGCGGUACGCCUUCAUCGGGGUGUGCAACCGCGACAACCUGACACCGCUCGACUACGGGAGCUACGGGUUCUGGAAGGCGUACUUUGACCGGUGCAUCAAGGUGGAUGUCGAGCGCUCGACGCAGGACCGGAACGUGUUGCGGUUCAAUCUGAACUGCCUCGAGCAGCCGCUGCCCGGUAAGGGUGGCGGUUCCGCGGUCGGUGCCAGUGGCGCGUCGACGGCUCUGUUGGCUCGGCCGCCCCGGAGCUGCCAGUGGAAGCUGGUCCAGCAGGCGUCCGCCGACACGGGGGGGCCGCGUAACCCGCAUAAGUGCGUCCGGACCGUCACCGAGAUGACGGCGGUGCGGAAGAUUGCCCAGUCGAAGGAGCUGAAACGGUUGCUCAUCCACCCGGUCAUCUACACGUUCAUCAUGGUCAAGUGGAUGCGGCUAAGCCACUGGACUUACCUCAACCUGGUGCUGACCACGGCGACGGUGCUUGUGUUUGGGGCCCACUCGCUGACCGCGUGCUCGGCCGCCGGUUCCGGCCCGGUGCUUCGGGUGCUGGCCAUCCUCGGCACCGUGUUCAUCGGUGGGCGCGAGUUUCUGCAGCUGCUGUUCCUGCGCCAGUCGUACGGUUCGCCGGAACAGGCUCUCGACCUCGUGACGGUCGGCGGCAUGUGCGCUGUGCUGUGGCGCGGGUGCAGCGGGCUGCUGGCGUCGUUCGUGAUGAUCAGCUUCGCGAUGCAGCUCACCUUCCUGCUCGGCUCGCUGCCGUUCAACAGUCUGUCCACGAUCAUGUACAUGUUCAAGACGGUGUCGCAGAACUUCCUGAAGAGCUUCCUGCUGUUCGUGCCGCUGAUCGGGGCGUUCGUGUUUGCGUUCCACCUCACGUACAACGAGCCCGCGGAGGGCGACGCAGGGCCGGAACCAUCCCCCCGCGCCGCCGACGGGAACGGUUCGACCGAGGACAGCUUCAACAACUUUCGCACGUUCUGGAACGCGACGAUCAAGACGCUGGUGAUGACGACCGGUGAGUUCGAGGCGGCCGCCAUCGACUUCAGCGGCGGCCGGUUCUGUCUGUUCAUCGUGUUCCUGUUCUUCGCCCCGAUCGUGAUCCUUAACUUGAUCAACGGGCUCGCGGUCAGCGAUAUCGCGGCGAUCCGCGAGGAGUCGGAGCUGAUCAGCAUCAGCAAGAAGGUGAUGCUGCUCGAGCGCUACGAGCGUGGCGUCGCCAGCGUCCAGCCGGCCUUGCUCCGGUCCCUCUUCCCCGAACCGUUCUUCCACCGGCACACCUGCUGGAUUCACGUCCGGACGAAGGAGUCGCGCAAGAUCGUCGUCCACCGGCUGCAGGCUCCGGCGCCGGCUCCGGCGCCAACGGCCACCAAGGCCACCAAAAAGACCAAACCCGUCCCGCUGUCGCUGUCCGCGUUCUCCUUCCUGUGCCCGGACGGGACGGACUAUUACGUCAACCUGAGACUGUUCCGGUUCACCACCUUCAUGAACCUGGACCGGGCCAUCCUGAACGAGGCGCUGGCCGUCAUCGAGAAGCAGCACCCGGUCUCGGGGGCCGCCGUCCGGCUCGACCUAAAGCCGCUCCACGACUCCGGUGUAUCACUGGGCGCUAGCUCGCUACUUAACACUGCCACCACCACGACCACCAACAGCAGCAACAUCGACCAAAGGGCGCAGGAGACCGCGCAAGUGGUGGCGGACCUCCAGACCGAGAUCCAGGAGCUGCGAGCUACCAUGCGCCAGGUGCUGGACGUUCUGGCGCGUCGCGACCCAUCCGCCAAGCGACCGCAGACCCAGCCCGGUAUCCACCAGACGCAGACGAAGGCGACCCGGAAGCGAAAGGCAGCAAAGAAGCGCCAGCUGCGGCAGGAACUGGGCGACGGAGACGGUGACAGCGACCACUGAACCCUAGUUCUGGUAGGCGACCACAGGUCCUGGCAGGUCCACGCUCAACCUGUUGACCGCCGACAUUUCAGGCCAGCCUGAUGCUCAGCGCCCCGGUUCCUGCAAACCACACACACACCGGCCGGCCGGGAGGGUCCCUUUUGGCUGCUCGGCUUUCUA